AGCCAUACUCCAGAGCGAUCGGACUUUCUACGUACAUAAUAUGAAACCUUAAGUUUUCCUAGAGACUGACGAAACUGCUUGAUUUUAGCAGGAAGCCACAAUGACGUCAGAGGACCUUUUGAACACUCUGGAGGAGUUAAGAGACAGUGAAUUUAAGGACUUUAACUGGUAUCUGCAGCAGCCCGACAUCCUGGAAGGCUGCCAAAGUGUCAAAGUGUCCAAGCUGGAGAAGGCAGAAAGACGGGACACAGUGGAUCUGAUGGUGAACACCUUUAAAGUUAAUGGAGCUCUGAAGGUUACCAAGAAGGUUUUAGAGAAGAUAAACAGGAAUGAUCUGGUGCAGAGUCUGUCAGACACCAAGUCAGGACAAGAAGUGUCAGUGGAUGUCGAUGAUGUUGGAGAGACUUCAGCGAACAAAGAAACUUCCUCCUCUCCGAUUGAAGAUGAGAUUGUUCCAGUACCAGAGCCACGACACAUCUCGUAUUACCAACACUUGCUUCAAUCACACCUCCAGGAUAAGUUCAUGUGUGCACAAGAGGGGUGGGCACAGAAGAAGGAUGAACAACGUCUUGAUGAUAUCUACACAGAGCUGUACAUCACAGCGGGGGCUGACGUACACAUCAACAAACAGCAUGAGAUCAGGCAUAUUGAGGCAGUGGUGGUGAAGCCAGCAGGAACAGAGAAAUCAAUUAAAUCUUGUGACAUGUUCAAACACCCCUCUGGAAGAUAUAAACCCGUAAGAACAGUGUUGACAAAUGGAAUUGCAGGAAUUGGCAAAACUUUUCUUGUGCGCAAGUUUGUGUUGGACUGGGCUGAAGGAAGAGCCAAUCAAGAUGUGCAUCUCAUUUUCCUCUUGACCUUCCGCCAGCUGAAUUUAUGGAUGGGAGAAAAGUUUUGUUUGGCAGAGCUCAUUCAUGAAUGUAUCACAGAGACCAGAGACAUCAAGGAUAAAGCUCUUAAUCACAUCUUUACAACUCUGCAGUCAUCAGGAAACACCAACUAUGACAAGAGCAAAUUCAAACUUCUGUUUGUUUUGGAUGGACUUGAUGAGAGCCGCCUUCAUCUGGCCUGCUCUACCAGUGGAAAUCAGACAGUUAACAUUGAUGUGACAGCGUCAACCUCAGUGGAUGUGCUGCUGACGAACCUGAUCAACAAGACACUGCUUCCCUCUGCUCGCCUCUGGAUAACCACACGACCUGCCGCAGCCAAUCAGAUCCAUUCUGAUUUUGUUGACAUGAUGACAGAGGUCAGAGGGUUCACUGACCUACAGAAGAAUGAGUACUUCGAGAAGAGAUUCAGAGAUUCGGAGCAGUCCCGCAGAAUCAUCUCCCACAUCAAGACAUCACGAAGCCUCCACAUCAUGUGCCACAUCCCAGUCUUUUGCUGGAUCACUGCUACAGUUCUGGAGAAUGUGAUGGAAACCAGAAAAGGAAGAGAGCUGCCCAAGACACUGACUGAGAUGUAUGCAGAAUUCCUUGUGUUUCAGAUGUAUCAGACAAACGAGAAGUAUGGCCAAAAAAAGUGCAUUAAGUACAUUGAGUCAUUAGCAAAACUGGCUUUCCACCAACUGGAAGAGGGCAACCUGAUCUUCUACGAGAAAGAUCUCAAAGAGAGUGGCAUUGAUGUCCGUAGAGCCUCGGUGUGCUCAGGAGUGUUCACAGAGAUCUUCAAAGAGGAACUUGGUAAGAAGAAUGUUGAAGACAAGAUGUUCAGCUUUGUCCAUCUGAGUGUUCAGGAGUUUUUGGCAGCUUUUCACGUAGAGAGGGCAGUCAUUAACAAACACAAGAAUGUGAUGUGUGAACCAGGACAGACACAUGGUGAACAAAUACGAAUGGUUUUCAGUAAAACAUCUAUGGCUGAGGUGCAAAGGUUUGCUAUUGACAAGGCCUUGAAGAGUCCAAAUGGACACCUGGACCUGUUCCUCCGAUUCCUCCUGGGUCUUUCUCUGCAGACCGGUCCGACUGUUCUACAAGGCCUAUUGAAAAAUAAAAAAAGUUUAGAGACCAAUCAGGAAACAGUCGAGUACAUCAAGAAGAAGAUCAGUGAGAAUCUGUCUCCAGAGAGAAGCAUCAAUCUGUUCCACUGUCUGAAUGAACUGAAUGAUCGUUCUCUAGUGGCGGAGAUCCAACAGUCCCUGAGAUCAGGAAGUCUCUCCACGGAUGAACUGUCUCCUGGUCAGUGGUCAGCUCUGGUCUUCAUCUUACUGUCAUCAGAAAACGAUCUGGCUGUGUUUGACCUGAAGAAAUAUUCUGCUUCAGAAGAGGCUUUUCUGUGGCUGUUGCCAGUGGUCAAAGCAUCCAACAAAGCUCUGCUGAGUGGCUGUAAUCUGUCAGAGAGAAGCUGUGAAGCUCUGUCCUCACUUCUCAGCUCCCAGUCCUCGAGUCUGAGAGAGUUGGACCUGAGUAACAACAACCUGAAGGAUUCAGGAGUGAAGCUGCUCACUGCUGGACUAGAGAGUCCACACUGUACCAUGGAGAUACUCAGAUUAAGUCAAUCCAAGUUCACAGAGAAUUGCUGCCAGGAGCUCUCAUCAGUUCUCAGCUCCCAGUCCUCCCUUCUGAGAGAGUUGGACCUGAGUGACAACUACCUACAGGAUUCAGGAGUGGAGUUGCUCUCUGCUGCACUGAAGAGCCGUCACUGUACACUGAAGACUCUCAGGCUGAGUGGCUGUAAUCUGUCAGAGAGAAGCUGUGAAGCUCUGUCCUCAGUUCUCAGCUCCCAGUCCUCGAGUCUGAGAGAGUUGGACCUGAGUAACAACUACCUACAGGAUUCAGGAGUGGAGUUGCUCUCUGCUGCACUGAAGAGCCGUCACUGUACACUGAAGACUCUCAGGCUGAUUGGCUGUAAUCUGUCAGAGAGAAGCUGUGAAGCUCUGUCCUCGGUUCUCAGCUCCCAGUCCUCAAGUCUGAGAGAGUUGGACCUGAGUAACAACAACCUGAAGGAUUCAGGAGUGAUACUGCUCACUGCUGGACUAGAGAGUCCACACUGUACCUUGGAGACACUCAGGUUGAGUCAAACCAGGCUUACAAAGACCUGCUCUCAGGAGUUCUCACCAGUCCUCGGCUCCCAGUCCUCUUGUCUGAGAGAGCUGGACCUGAGUAACAACGACUUGGAGGAUUCAGGAGCGGAGCUGCUUUCGUCUGGACUGGAGAAAACACACUGUACACUGGAGACUCUCGGGCUGUCAGGCUGUCUGAUCACAGAGGAAGGCUGUACCUCUCUGGCCUCAGCACUGAGGUCCAACCCCUCCCAUCUGAAAGUGCUGGACCUGAGCUACAACCACCCAGGAGACUCAGGAGUGAAGCUGCUGUCUUCUGGUCUGAAACUGGACACUCUCAGGAUGGAUCACGGUGGAGAGCAGUGGCUGCGACCUGGUCUGAGGAAGUAUGCCUGUGAACUCACACUGGACACAAACACAUUAAACAGAAACCUCAAACUGUCUGACAACAACAGGAAGGUGACUGCAGUGAUGGAGGAGCAGCCGUAUCCUGAUCAUCUAGAGAGGAGUAACUACUGGUAUCAGGUUAUGUGUACAAAUGGUCUGACUGGUCGCUGUUACUGGGAGGUCGAGUGGAGUAGAAGGGUUUAUGUAUCAGUGACUUACAGAAGCAGUAGACACAGCAGGUUUGGAGAGAACAAUCAGUCCUGGAGUCUGUUGUGUUCGGAUGUUGAAGGUUAUUGUGUCUUGCACAACAAGGGAAGUACACGACUCCCCUCCUCCCUCUCCUCCUCCUCCUCCUCCUCCUCUGUCUCUCACAGAGUAGGAGUGUAUGUGGACUGGCCUGCUGGCACUCUGUCCUUCUACAGAGUCUCCUCCGACACACUGAUCCACCUCCACACCUUCAACACCACCUUCACUCAACCUCUUUUCCCUGGGUUUGGGUUUGGAUUAUAUUCAUAUAGUCCCUCAGUGUCGCUGUGUUCCCUGUAAGAGGGGGAGUCUCCUCCUGUGUAGUGAAACACUCACAUUGCUGACACACACACACACACACACACACACAUACACACUUUCGGGAAGUCAUGUUUACUCAAAAUUACAAGAAAAUAUCUGUCUCUUUUUACUCUGCAGCAAAUGGACUGCAUGUCUGUGAUUCUUCAGUACCUUAAAAAAAAAUCUUUACCUGAUUCAUGGUAUAACAACAUUCUUUCACACAAAUAAGUAAAUUAUAUAUUUCCAAUAAAGGUUCCACAUGAUAAAUAAUAAAUAUGAUUUUUCUUUCAAACAAAUGUACCAAUCAUCUUACAUUGUAAAAUAUGAAUCCACAGUUUUGAUUAGAAAACAUCCCUGUGAUAUAUUUCAAAAGACCGAAUCAAGUUAUUGUUGUUAAUCUGUCGUUGUUGUUAAAGGUGGAAACGUCUUUCAAUUAAAUUUUUACACAGUAAAUAUAUUCAUAUAAAUGGGUAGAGGUGGGUGUCAGUGUUACAGUUAUAUAAGAACCAUGUCGAUGAGCCUUAAUACUUUCACUCCAGUUGUUUUUUAUUUACAUUUGUAUUGAAUAAAUUCAGAGUAAGUACCACACUUCCUAUGAUGCUUUUGAGUGACGCAAACAGGAUUCAGACCAGACUGAGUCUACAAUAAAACAUCCCCUCCAGACACACAUUCAUUUUUAUUAUAUGUUUUGUAUAUUUGUACCAAUACAAGGUGGCAGGUACCUAGCAUCAGUUCUGUUCUAAAUGUAUUGGAGUAAAAAGUACAAUAUUUCCUCUGAGAUGAAGUGGAGUAGAAGUAUAAAGUUACAUUAUAUUCAACACUAAACCGUGAUUGAACCUUUGAGCAAUAUAUAAUAUAAUGACAAUUCUCAAGGCAAAAUUCUCCAAAAACGUUGCUGUGGCAGAAAAUUUGAGGAUGGGGCGUAAAUGUUAAAUCUAUUGAUUAUUCUAGCCAAAUUGUAAGUACAUAAGUGUAAGUUUACAAGUCAAAGAUCUAUUUUUUUGUGUUUUAUACAAAGAGUUUGAACUGUAUUUAUAAACUAUUAAAUACUGUAACAACAAAAAAGGAAGCGUAAUGGCAUGCAUUGCCUGUGAUGUAUGUAAUUACACGAUGAGAGUUUGUGCCUUAGUGUCCCCCUUUUUAUCUAUAUAUUAUUCAUUUACGUUUUUCUAUUUUUAUUUUUUAUGCAUUUGUUUCUGUUUUUGUUUUUGUAAUCCUCUGCGGUUUCCCCUGGCAUGUUAGUUUGAAUGUGUGCAUUUUUCUGUUUCUUAUUGACAAUUUGUGAAAUUGUACAAAGCUUAAAACGUCACGUGACCCCUAUGGACGCCUACGCUGAUGCCUGACUGUAAAACGUCAUAAAAUCACCAACAUGUUUAACGCUUUGUUCGAAUUGAUAUUUGAUCAAGUGUC